GUCCAACUACACACUUCCACAUGUACAUCCGAUAAUGUCUUUUUUUACAUAUUUUUCUUACAACAUCAUCAGUGUUGUCCACAGAACAGCUUAAACUCAACUGGGCUUCUUGUCUUUCUUUCAAAUCAAUGGCAGAACACCAUCAAGUUGAUAAUAGAAGCUGGGGUGACAUUCUUGAUUCGGGUCCGGGUCCGGGUCCGGGUCCGGGUCCGGGUCGGGUUUCGGGUAUGGAGCUUAAUGGCAGAGCCCAGAUUGAUACUUCUGCUCCAUUUGAGUCAGUGAAGGAAGCUGUGAGUAGAUUUGGUGGAGUUGGUUACUGGAAACCCAAUUCUCGUAUUACCAGCUUUACCCCUCCUAAGUCACAUGAUGUAGGCACAAUUGACAUUAUGAAAGUGGAGGAGCAAGCUGUGCAGUUGGAAAAAGAUCUAGUAAUUAAAGAAAAGGAAACCUUCAAUAUUCUGAAAGAACUCGAAAGCACUAAAUUACUUGUGGAGAAAUUGAGACUGAAGAUUCAGAACGAAACCUCUGACACCAAUGCAGCAGUUGAUUCCAGUGUGGAUGAUGAGAAAGUGUAUCAUGUCGUGAAAACUGAAGAGAAGGAAAGCCAAGAAAACUUUUUAAGUGACAAUCAACAUAUUGUGGGAGGCUUGAACCUCUGCCCCUCCUCAAAACCCGGUUUAAUAUUAAUGGAGUUGAAACAGGCCAAGCUAAACCUAACCAGGACUACAAGUGAUAUUCUUGACAUCCAAUCUACAGUUGAAUCUUACAGCAAGAAAAUAGAGAAGGAAAGAAACUCACUUGAGAAGGCUCGACAAAGGUUAUGUUCAAACUCAUCCAAAAUUUCAUCGCUUGAAGAGGAGCUGAACCAAACGAAACAAAAGUUACACCUCGUUAGGAUUGCUGAAAUCAAUUGCAAUUCUGAUAAUAAUGUGUUUGAUAUUUCGAGGGAAGUUCACCGCUUGGAUUCUGAAACGGAGCAUUAUAAGCAAAUUGGUGAAGCAGCAAAAUCAGAAGUUUCAAAAGCAAUAUCUGAGAUUGGACAGACAAAGGACAGGAUAAAAACUGCUGAGAUCAGAUUGAUUGCAGCCACAAAAAUGAAGGAAGCAGCUAGGGCCAGCGAGGCUGUUGCUCUUGCUGAGGUGAAGGCCCUAUUAAAAAGUGAAGAACUGGCUGGAUCUGAUGAGCAAAAUCCUGAGAAUGUAAGUCUAUCAUAUGAGGAAUACUCUUCUCUUAUCUCCAGAGCUCGGGAAGCUGAGGAUAUAUGUAAACAGAAAGAGAUGGAUGCUUUGCUUCUACUCGAUCAAGCUACUGAAUCAGAGAGUGUAAUCAUAAAGAGGGUAGAGGAGGCUACAGAAGAAGCAAAAACCAGCAAGAGGGUCUUGGAAGAAGCUCUAAACAGAGUAGAGGCUGCAAAUAGAGGGAAAUUAGCCGUUGAAGAAGCUCUGAGGAAGUGGAGAUCUGAGCAUGGUCAGAAAAGACGAUCUUCACAGAAUUCCACCAAGUUUAAGAAUUCUUCCUAUCGAAGAGAUUCUCGAUUGCUUGAUGUGAAUGGGCAGAAUAUGCAGAAUGAUGACUUAAAGCCGGUGCUAAGACAAACCCUGUCAAUAGGGCAAAUACUGAGCCGAAAGCUCCUUCUCACCGAAGAGUUUGAAAAUGGCGCGCAGGCAGAGUAUAUGACAGGCACUCCAAAGACUUCAUUGGGCCAAAUGAUCAGUAAAACUAUCGAGGAUGAUAAAAAACUAGCUUUAAAGAGUGAGGGAGGAGGUGGCACCAACAAGCAAGUAGCCGCAAAGAAAAAGAAGUUUGGGUUUGCUCGGAUUUCACUCUUGACGACCAAGCAGAGUAAGAAGAACAAGAAACAAACUUCGGGUGGGAGGGUUCCAAUGUGCAGAUGAUUCGACGUAGAUUUUAAGUUACUAAAUUCUCUCUAGUCCUCCUAGAAAUAUCUUUCCAGGUUUAUGUUGGUACUUUGGUAGAAUGAUCAAAAACUUAUUAAUAUGACUGGUAGAAUUUAUCUCUUCAA